AUGGUGUUGACAUUUCCUGUUUUGUCUACUAAGCCCUUGUCCGUGUUUGAUUCGACUUUGUCAGAGCCCUUAGCUGUUGUUUUGGAUGAGGAUAUUGAAGUCUUUGCAAAGCAUGAAAUAUUUCAAAGAGCUCGAAUAAGAAAUCGUACCAUUUCUGAAAGUGUUUUGGGACCGAACAAGGACAGGCAAGGUGAAGACAGAAGGACGGAAGAGGGUAACAAGUAACAUGACCGGGAGAAUGGAGGACGAAACAGGGAUAGACAAGGUGAUGGUGAAGGGUUCAUCGUGGCACUAGGGGACAAAAUAGGGACAGCCAGGCUUUUGAAAAUCCAGAUGACUUAAGACGCAAAGAACGAGCUGGCAAUGACAGACAAGAUGAGAGACUGGGGAGAGAAAAUGAUACUAGUGCGACAAAGAGAGGAAAAGGCUUUGGAAAUCCUGGGGACAAGAAACGCAAAGAAAAUAUGGAUGAGCAACUACCUCAUGCUUUACCAGGGUAUCGAGUUAGCAAGCAGUCUUCUACCGGAGCAACACCAUUUGAAAUGUUGUAUGGAAGAAAUCUCAGAUUGCCUCUAGGACUAGAAGCAGAAGAACUAGAAAUCAAACCGACUCAUGGACCCCCAAGUACUCAGAAGAUUUAA